UGCCGCGUGCGGGGCCGUCGGCGGCGGCGCGGGGGGCAGCGCCGGGCCGCUUCGCUCGCUCCCGCCCUCCGCUGCCGGCCCUCCCCUCACCGCGGCGCCGCCGCCCGGCCGCCCCGCCGGAACUCGACGGGGGGCAGCGCCUGCUCCUCCGCGGCGGCGGCGGCAAGCCGCGCUCCGCGCACACGGGCGGCCCGCACCGCCCCCGCAGCGGCGCCGCCGGCCGCAGCUCGCCCUGCCUCCGCGGCGGGGCCCGCCCGCAGCCCGCCGCCCUCGGACGGGGCCGUGCCGGCAUGGAGACCUAGAGGGGAGCCACCGCGGAGCUGUCACAGAAAGUGAAAGAUGAAGCCUCUUGUUCUCUUGGUUCUUGUGAUCUGUACUGUAGUCAGCAUGAAUUUGAAGCUCGUGUCAAAGAGAAAUUCUGUUGAUGGUUGCAUUGACUGGUCAGUGGAUCUCAAGACAUACAUGGCUUUGGCAGGUGAACCAGUCCGAGUGAAAUGUGCCCUUUUCUACAGCUAUAUCAGAACUAAUUAUAGCAUGGCCCAAAGCACAGGUCUUAGGCUUAUGUGGUACAAAAACAAAGGAGAUUUAGAAGAACCCAUUAUAUUUUCUGAAGUUAGGAUGAGCAAGGAUGAAGAUUCAAUAUGGUUUCACUCGGUUGAGUUGCAAGACAGUGGUUUCUACACAUGUGUUCUAAGAAACUCAACAUAUUGCAUGAAGGUGUCCAUGUCCUUGACGGUAGCUGAGAAUGAAUCUGGUCUGUGCUACAACAGCAAGAUCAGAUAUCUGGAAAAAUCAGAAGUCAGUAAGAGAAAGACAAUCUUCUGUCCUGAUAUUGAGGAUUACAAAACAGCCAGUCAAGAGCCGGAUGUGGUGUGGUACAAGGAAUGUAAGCCAAAAAUGUGGAGAAGCAUUGUAAUUCAGAAGGGAAAUACUCUCUUAAUACAAGAGGUCCAGGAAGAAGAUGGAGGAAAUUAUACCUGUGAACUGAAGUUUGAAGGCAAGCUUAUACGAAGAACAGUUGAAUUGAAGGUUACUGCUUUACUCACAGACAAACCUCCAAAGCCAUUGUUCCCCAUGGAGAACCAGCCAACAGUUAUCGAUGUCCAGCUGGGAAACCCGCUGACCGUGGCCUGCAAAGCUUUCUUUGGAUUCAGUGGAGAAUCGGGCCCCAUGAUCUACUGGAUGAAAGGGGAAAAAUUCAUAGAAGAAUUAGAAGGUCACAUUAGAGAAGGCGAAGUCAGACUCCUCAGAGAACAUCUCGGUGAAAAAGAAGUUGAACUGACAUUGAUCUUUGAUGCUGUAGAGGAGGCAGACCUGGCUAACUAUACAUGUCAUGUGGAAAACAGAAAUGGACGGAAACACGCCAGUGUUCUUCUGCGCAAGAAAGAUUUGAUCUACAAAAUAGAGCUUGCUGGAGGACUGGGAGCCAUCCUUCUUCUGCUUAUUUUACUUGUGACCAUCUAUAAGUGCUACAACAUAGAGUUAAUGCUGUUCUACAGACAGAACUUUGGAGGAGACGAAGCAGCUGAUGACAACAAGGAGUAUGAUGCAUAUCUUUCAUACACCAAAGUAGAUCCUGAUGCGUUAGAUUGUGAUAAUAACGAAGAGGAGCAGUUUGCACUUGAAAUUCUGCCAGAUGUUCUAGAAAAGCACUAUGGAUAUAAGCUCUUCAUUCCAGAUAGGGACCUGAUCCCUAGUGGAACCUACAUUGAAGAUCUCACAAGAUGUGUUGAACAAAGCAGAAGACUCAUUAUCGUGUUAACUCCAGACUAUGUUCUCAGGAGAGGAUGGAGUAUUUUUGAGAUGGAAAACAGACUCCAUAACAUGCUAGUCAGUGGAGAAAUCAAAGUUAUUUUGAUUGAGUGUACUGAAUUAAAAGGGAAAGUGAAUUAUCAUGAAGUGGAAUCUUUAAAGCACACCAUCAAACUUCUCUCAGUGGUCAAGUGGAAAGGACCAAAAAGCAGCAAACUGAAUUCUAAAUUUUGGAAGCGCCUAGUCUUUGAAAUGCCAGGGAAGAAAAAGGAGGUGGUGUCUCGACAUCAGGUCCUGGAUUCUGCAGAGCAGGGCCUUUUCGGAGACCUCCAGACUGUACCCUCGCUUGCUGUCACGGGCACUUCUGCCACGUUGGUAGAAUCGCGGGCUGGUUUAACUGAUUACCAUCAAGCAGACUCUGUGCAUAUGAGACAUUAUUGCAGAGGAUAUGAAUACGAUGUGUCAGCAGCAACGUUGCCGGUAGCUUCCAUAAGCAACCAUCACACAUACUGUAACAUACCUUUGACACUACUAAACGGACAGCUACCUCUUAACAAUGCCAUGAAGGAUCCCCAGGAGUUCCACAGGAACAACCCAUUGCUACCUUUAUCAGCGAAGGAGCUUAGCUUCACCAGUGAUAUUUGGUAGUGAAGAUCAGGACUCUUGAGAUGCUUCAUGACCGUCAUGAAGACAUUUUUAACGAACAUUGCCCUAACCCCAUGGGGUGAGAAAACGUACUCGAAGUGGCGGCACACUUGUUUGCUUUUCUACUUGAACUUUUUUGUUUACAUUUACAAAUUAUUGACAAAGGGGGCAUUCUUUUGUAACUCAGCAAUGUCCUUCCUGUCUUUUAAUGUACAGUUUUAUUGCUUCUUUAAAAUGGAGGGGGGAUAGAAAAAACAUAUCCCAUCCUUUUACAGUAGGUUUACAAUCUGGGAUGGAUAAAAGGUGACUGUAUAUGAUCUCCAACAUCCUUACAUAUUUAAGUAAUAGUAUUUGAAAUACAUGGAAGUUGUUGGGUUUUUCAUAUAGACUUCAGUACGGUUUGAAAUUCUAAUCAUGCUACAAAAAUGAUUAUCUCCUGCAUAGACCACAAGGGGUGAAUCAUUCUCAAAAGGAAGGAGGAGGAAACCUUCCCAGUAACAUAGUCUUGCAAAAACAUUUUAGAAGAUGACCAGCUGAAACAAUGCAGAGGAAGCUUUGUCAAUAAAGUGCAUAGUAACAGUUACCGCAGAAUAAAUCACCUGCUCACAUCAGCAUCUCUUCAUUUUAUUAUUGAGGCAUGUUGUAUUCCUAGUCAAUGGUUAGCAACGUGGUUUUAUUAAACAACUUACUAGAAUACUGGAAGACGUUUAGGAGGAUUUUAAACAGUUUUUCUGUCAAUUGUAGGUUAUUUCACAAUUUUUUGCAGAUUUUUAAUGACUUUUUUUAAACAAUUUAAGUCUAUCUGUUAGUCAAUUCAUUAGUUUGAAAUUUCUUAAGAUCUCUUGAGCUCUUUUAAGAUUUGUAGUACAGGCAAUGUCAUUUUACAUAGGAUUUUUUUCCCAAAAUCAGUAAUUACAAUUUGAAAUUAACCUUUUUGUGAGAACAUCAGCAAUAGAAACUAAUUACUACAGCAAUAUUCAGAGGCAAAGUGCUAAAUUAUUUAGAUUUACUAGUAGUCUGACUUCAAUUGCAGUGAUAAUCACCUGAGACAGUUCUCUCUCUGCUUACCUACCUGUCAGUUUAUGUACCUUUUAAAUACAGUUGAAGCAGGAAUAUUUCUGCUGUCAGUGCAACUAGUGAAAAGUGAUAUUUCUGAGCAGCUGGCAAGGUCUUGCAUUUCUCACUUACAUGAGUGCUCCCAUCAGUCAAAUAGGAUACUGUCGUCUAUCUUUCAUGGAAGGCAUUCUUGCUGCUCGUGGAUGAGAUGUGUUAUACAGGUGCUCGGCAUCAAGCAUUACUACUCAGUGAGCUGAGUUUUCUUCGGACCAGUAUAUUUCGUGGAGAUUUCCAUACUCAGUUGAUUAAGGGUUGCAGAGUCAGACCAUGGAGACAACAGUAUUCAAGGAAAAAGCUCUAAGUAUUGAAGGCAGAAGCCAGUUUUGCAGGUUUUGGCACAGCUUUAAUGGAAACACAGUGGACAUGAGAGUUUUGUCUCAGUAAGAUCUGCUGGAGCAAGUUCCAAAAAACAUUUUUAGGGCAGGCAACCUUGCCUGUAUUUCCGUAUGUUUUUAGUGUUGUUCUCUUUGAUUGCAUGAAUAAAAGUUAGCACUCUGCACUCAGCUGCCUGUGGUUUCAUCAGCAAACAAGUUCCUUGACAUUUUGCAGUGGUUCCUAAAUUGUACCCUACAGUUAAAUGGAAACAAACACUGACCUAAGACUUAAAAGUAUCCAGAAUUGGCCCAAAGGCCAUGAGAAUGAUCUCAAAUGUGCAAUAAUUCAUAGAGGUCGGUAUUUUUCCAUUGCUUCUUUCCCCCGUUCUUUAUUCUGUGCCCUCUUACACCAGUUAUUAUCUGUAAGAUUUUCAUUGGGUUCUAACUAAUACAUGUUUCUCUUGGGUUUUUUUAGCAUCAUUAUGCAUUUGACACACACCGUAAAUGGAAAUCUAGAACAGAUAUUAAUUUAUUACACAGUAUAGGAUUAUAAAUUGCUCUUUCGUGAAGUUAAGUUCCAAACAUAUAGGUGUUUAAUAUACAUAUUUUUCUACUGAGAAAGAAAGUGAUUUUACUCCAUUAUAAAUAUAUGUAUUUCAAGCUCCUCCCAGAAAUUUACAAAAUUUGCACUGUUUUAUAAGUGUUACAGACUGUGUUUACACCGGCUAUGUUCUUUAAUGCAAAGUGUAAUUUAAAAAAAGGAAAAAAACCUAAAAGAAAACCCUGCAUGAAAAGAGCUGCAUAUGUUCAAAUGAAAAGCUGUACUUUUCAUUAUUUUUCCUUUCCACUCUAGGAUUACUCUAGAAUCUGGUUAAUUCACAUAGAAUGUUCAGUGAGAUUUUAAACCUACUAGUUCUGUAUUAAGCAUGCAAACUCCAAAAACAAAAGAAAAAUAACCCAUACGCAGGUUGGUCUGCUUCUUUUUAUUCCCAAUGGGUAGCAAAUUCAUUUACCUGUUGAUAAUAUGUCUCGUAGAGCAGUAGCUAUUCAAAAGCAAAAUGCAGUCAUGUUUGCAUUGAGGUAACAUGAAAAGAACAGUUUUUCUGUCAUUUUGCAAAAGCACAUUGUGUGUCUGUGUAUCAGUAUCUUUUAGUUAUAGAUGACAAGUCACAAUCUGCUUUAAGAUUUCAAAGUGUGUAUUGAGUACUGCGACAAUAUAUACGUGAAUCGGAACCGCCUGUACCCCUCUGCUUUUAGGAUGGGGGUGGGGACCUGAGCUCAGGAGGCCUCUCGUUGGCUCACUUUCAUGUGACAGCAGUAUGACAUGCUGGAGGCCAAGUGUUGCCAUAGGUAGCACUUAAGGGUCUGCAAAAAUGCUGUCAAACACUGCAACGUGUCCAUCGGUGGGACAUGGGUGGCACAGGGACCGGGAGCUUGUCCCACUGUGGAAAUUACCUCCAUAGCCACCCUCCAG